AAAAAAAUUUUUUACACUUGUAUUCAAACUACAAGUAUAACUUCUGAUUUUACAUCACGUUAAACUAAAAUAAUUAAAAUGAAUAGAAGAAAUUCAUCGAGACAAAAUUAUCAAUGUGUUCCAGAAUCAGCAGAACGAAUAAUUUUAAAUGUGGGCGGUAUUAAGUAUGAAACUUAUAGGUCAACUUUAACAGCAUAUCCAUCAACAUUACUUGGUACAAUGUUUCAAGAACGUAAUAGGGCUUUAUUACACCCUGUUAAUGGGAAUGAAUAUUUUAUUGACAGAGAUGGUAAAUUAUUUCGUUAUAUCUUACAAUUUUAUCGUAGAAAUAAAAUUGUUUGGCCCGAACCUGGAUCAGAUUAUGUGUCCAGAGAAGAAUUAGAAGAGGAAUUUGAUUAUUUUCAAAUUCCAAUCUCAUAUUUUUCAAAUGAUAGUAAUGAAUUACCAACACAACCUGUCAAAAUUUCACCAAUAACAAAAAUAGUUUCAAAAAAAUUAGAUGACUUUAUAUCAGUACUACAACAUUCAAUAAUAGAAGUUUGUGCAACAUUAUCCGAGACAAAUUUACAAAGAUUUAGUGCAAUUUUAACAUUAACAUUUGCUCAUGAGAAUUUAAUAUCAAAUGGUAUAACAUCUGUUGUUUUAAAACCAAAGAAUGAUCAUUUAACUAAAAUGUUAUUGAAAAGUUUAUUACCUUUUGGUAAAUUAGGUUAUUUUCUUUUAGAUCAAUAUGGUGAAGAAAUUGGCAAACAUUUACAUAAAAAUAUACCGGAAGUUACUUGGGAAUUAAAUCAUAAAAUUUAUGGACCUACAGAAAAAUUUUACGAUAUUAUUUUAAAUAUUAAUUAUCAAUUUAAUAGGGAUGAUGUAUUGAUUAACAGUUCUUUAAAUUUCAAAGAAUGAACUUUAAUAUAAAAAAAAAUUAACUUGAAAGAACAAUUGGCUGUAUUUAUAAUUAUUUAGCUGAUGGGUU